AUGGCCAUAGAACUGGUGUUUCAUCCAUAUUCCACGUAUACAGGUGUCAUGGACAGGUGCUUGUUCCUGCAGAGUUUGAUUUUCUCGUUUGUAACUGCGGGAAAUCGUAGAUACUUUGUGACCGACUUUUGUGGGAAAGUAAUAGGACCAGACUUUGGUGCAUACUUAGAGUUCGAUAGAAACUCCGACAUAGAAUGGAAAACCAAUAACAUUACAGUACCAGAUCGCGUCAAGGGAACAGAAUUUAACUGCAUUAUACUGUUGCAAGGAAUGCCAUCUACCGGAGAGAAACGACACAUGUCCCUGUCAUUUCGAUAUUUUACACUAAAAGAAAAGACUCUUGAAACAAUUGAAAAUACGGUUGCUAACUGUGGAAAGGCAUACUUAACAAUUUAUAACGGCAAAGACGUAAAAGCCCCGGAGAAGUACACACUCUGCGGGGGAAGUGCGUUUCCAUCUUUCUAUCAAUUUGAAGGAACCGAAUUCAUAACAUUAAAAUUUUACAUUGACUUCAGAAAAAAUAUAACUGUUCAAGAAAAUAUUCAGUCACAAACGGAAGUCAAUCAAACAACGAUCGCUAGAGACCCGUAUCCAUAUCCAGACGUUUUCUUCAGACUUGACGUUACAUCGUUUACUUACGACUGUAAUGACAGUGUUCCAGGGGUGGUGAUGCUUUGUAAUGAGAGCAGACGAUGUCUGGAUGACUCCCUCCGCUGUGAUAACUGGUUGUCAAGAAACUGCCGUUCCAGUCUCCACCCUAGAGACGAUUCAGAUGUAGCCAUAAAUCCACCUGGAAACUGUUUCAAAGGUACAACAACUCUUCCUACAACACCUGUUCAAACUCCACGUCCAGAUCCUCCUGAUCUCAGACCUAUCUACUUCAGCUUCGGUAUCAUCAUUCUGGCAAUAGCCUCGAUCUGGUGCUGCUGGAGGCCCGGUUAUCUCCCAUGGAGAUGUGCACGCUUCCGGAAUAUUCCUUUUUGCCGAACAUGUUUAGCAUGUCAGAACAAAAGAUGCUUGAGAUGUUAUAGUGUUUGUCUUUCGGGUCCAUCCCCAUGGUUACAGAAGCAUAGAAAAAUUUCCUCUACCAAUAGCAUUGCAGAAUCUUGUGACAACGAUGCCAGUGGAAUUAUUUCAAUGACAGCCGUCACAGACAGGCGCCCUGUAUCAAACAAAGUGUUUCCUAUUCAGCAGUUCGAUGGAAGCGUUGUGAUCCCAGCACUUGGCGAGGCCCGCGUCACGGAAACAAGUCGGACCAAGACAAAUAUUGAAGUAGAAUGGAUUAAACUUCUAUCGUAUGACGGAAAUCACCUUCGAGGACAUCGUUAA